GAAAAAUCGGUAGGGGUCGGGACAGCAGUAGUGGCGCUGCCGCCGCCACCGCGGGGGAGGUAGCAUCUAGCCACUCCGCUGCCGCCGUCUCCGUAUGUUGCACCAGGUCUGGAAUGGCUUCGGUGGUGGAGAGGCGGAGGGAGGACCACUCCCGGAGAUCGCGCUCCCCGGCCAGGGACAGGGAGCGUAGGGGCACGCCGCCAUGCAGGCAGAGCCCGCCUAAGCGGACCAGCGCGUCGUACAGGGACAGGGAGAGGUCGCCUCCGAGGGAGAAGGCGAAGGAGCGUACCAGGUCGCCGCGGUCUCCUGCUAAGGCCAGCCUGACGCAGAGGAAGAGGUCGCCUCCGAGGGAGAAGGCGAAGGACCAGCGGGUCAGGUCACCGAAACACGGGAGGGAGCAGUCACGAUCACCUUCGCCUGCCAGGAGGCGCGGCUCUAGGUCUCCAUCACCACGCACCAAGAGGCUGAGGAGAGCCCAUGGCGAGCGGGAGGCUGCGCAGGUGACUGACAAUGAUCGCCGCAAGUCCACCUGGAGGCACUGGGAGCCUGAUGAGGCGAGGGAUGCUUCGAGUGACAGGAAGGUUGAGCGGGAGAUGGCGCAGGUAACCAAUGGUGACCGCCGCAAGUCCUUUCACAGGGAAGACAGGGACUCAGGAGGCAAGCACCGUGAGCAUGAUGAAGGGAGGGAUGCAUCUAGAGAUAGAAAGGCAGAGCGGGAGGAUGCCAGAGAUAAGAAAUCUGAUCGAGAUGAUUCAAAGGAUCAUUCAAGGCAUAGAAGGGCUGGAAAGGAUGAUAAGUCUGGUGCUUCAAAGGAGACAUUGUCGAGCCCGGAUGAUGAUAGGCAUGAUUCAAGAGGUGGAAGGUCUGAUCGCGAUGACUGGAAAGCUGCUUCUUCAAGGGAGCAAAGGGUGGACCGUACUGAGAAAAAGGAUUCAUCAAGGGAGAAACUGACGGGUCGGGAGGAGAGCAAUGGAGUCGGAAGGUCAUCUAGGCGUGGUCGAUCUGUGUCUCCAGAUGAGCACAGGCAUAGGGGCAGGCAUGAGUCCCAUCCAUCACCGAGGGUCUCCAGAAGUGCAGCACGUACUGAGGAUAUCAAUUCUAGAGGAGGUGAAGCAUCCAGGAGCGGAGAUCCUGAUGCUUUGGCAAUAAUGAAUGCUGCCACAGAAGCUCUUGAAGCAAAAGAAAAAGUGCAAAAGCCAUCCUUUGAGUUAUCUGGAAAGCUUGCUGAGGAGACCAACAGAGUUGCAGGUGUAAAUCUAUUAUAUUCAGAACCCCCAGAGGCUCGCAAGUCAGAGAUUAGAUGGAGCCCCUAUGUAUUUAAGGGUGGAGAACCGCUGAAUGGCCUUAUCUGAUGGAUCUUGAUAGUACAAAUGGGACUUUCAUUAAUGAAAAUCGCAUCGAACCUUGUCGCUAUUAUGAACUAUUUGGAAAAGAUACAAUCAAGUUUGGCAAUAGUAGGCAUGAUCAUAACCACUGAAGAAGCACGAUAUCUGUUUUCUGGUUAAUAUGUGCAUAGAUGUCUUUGCUCUCUUCAUUUGUCCUCGUUGCAUCAAUUCAAGAAAGUGGCAUAUAUCUAGAUUCUUCAGUAUCAUGUGUAGUAACUUGGUUUCCUAUGUGAAUUGCUCAGUUUAAACCUUUUUCAAAUUUAGGUGUGAAAUAUAUUCAUUCUUCUUUUGGCAGCUUUUCCUUGU